AUGGGUGUUUAUUUUAGUUUACUUUUUGGUCUAUUGGCCGUCGAAAUGUGUGUUUUGUUCAUUAUGUCAUUACCGCUAGGUUUAAGAGUGCGCAAGGGAUUAUACAACCAAUAUGAAACCUUGUUGUGGAACUCUACGUUCCAGACAGUGGCGGCAAUUGUGGCUAUACUUGUCGGGUUAUUAUUCGUGGAUUCACUUAACAAAUCAAGUUUUCCAGUGAGUAAGAACUACGAAUACGGUAACAAUGGGGGAAUCACGCCAAUACAAGUGUUAGCAUCAAGGGCAUACAACCAACGUAACGUGUACAUAUCCGGAUUUAUACUAUACUUUGGGUUCUGUAUAGUGACCAUCAUGUCGCUAGUAGGUCGUCUAGUGAAAUAUGGAGCCUUGGUGGACGGAACGUCAAAAACGUCGUCAACACCAGAAUACAAAGCACUGUUGGUGGAGUUAAAUAGAACAAAUAUUGAAUUGGAAGGAUUAACUACACAGGUUAUAAACUUUGAGAAGCACUACGAUGAGCAUAUCAAUGCCCCCUGA